UUAGUGUUCGCGGGUACUUUGUACGACAACCAUUUGGUUAAACCUUAGCCCAUUUUAGUGGCUCGUGAUCGGUACUGGUUUGCCCUUUGUGCGAUUAUACAUAUGUACAUAUUACGAAACCUUUGCAAUUUCGAAGUGGAUUCGAUAACAAUUAAAAUGCGUUUACUGGAGUGUUUAACUUAAUUUAAAAAAUAAUAUUAAUAAUAUCGAAAUUACUAAAAAUAAUUUUCAUAGCCCGCGCAGUAAAAGUUAAAACCAGCUAUAAAAAGAUAAAAACAAAUUGAAAAUGAGUUUCAUACAUCCGGAUGUGAAUAUGGUCACAAGGCCAAACGCAUCGGACAUUUCCGAUUACAACGGCAAUGCGAGUACUGCUGUGACGUCACACAAUUAUGAUGACAGCGAAAGCUGCAGCAACGCUAGCGCUAGGGAGGCUGCUGAUCCAUUGGAUAAUAUGCCGAAGCGUAAAUCGGAUAAAAUUGAAAUUAAAAUUGUGCUCGUCAAAUUGCAGGCCGAAUCGCCGUUGUUGCCCACCAGCAACAAAGACAAUACCAAACCAGCAGAAGCGAAUAAUAACAACAGCAACAACAAUAAUAAUAACACCGUACCUAACCACAUAUCAGCGAAAGCACACCAACACAACUACACAGCCCUCGAUACCACCGCAAACUCACCGAUCCACCAAUGUUCCACAGACACACUCAGUCACAAUCACAACCACUCAAGUAACAUUACAGCCGCCUCAAGAGAGCAACUUUCUGCUAACAAGCUUUAUCUGGACGCACUUGCGCCAUCAGCUUCGCCCACUUCAUCGGGACCGAGUAUUUACGGCACACCGGCCAGUGAAUGUCGACGUCGCAGUUCGGUAGCAUCUUUACAGUUAUUUGAUAGUAAUACGGUGACUAUAACCACCACCACAUCGACAACAAUUGAUGGCAGCGGUCGCACUGAAGAGAGCAUAAUCGAUUUGGACGACAACGCGAAUAAUACGGACAGCGAUAACUAUAGCGAAUCGAACGAUAAUAGUUAUUCCACACCCACCACAGCGACACUGUAUAGCAAUUAUCACUACAACCAAACGCCCACACAUACACAUCAAUAUAAUUUAUAUCCAAAAGACUUCUUCUCCAGCAUCGAAGGCGAACGACCGGAGCAUUGCUCGAAAAUGAAGACGAAAGUCGAUGCUGUUGGGCGCAUAACCGGAGAAUGGGGACGCUGGCAAUUACGUACUGUAUUACUGAUCUUCUUGUGUAAGAUACCAUCCUCGUGGUUUAUGGCUUGUAUAAUAUUCACAGCGCCCGCACCGCGACAUGGUGAAUUCUUUUGUAAACCGCCAAAUACGGUGGGCGCACAAAACGACACACUGUGGAUAAAGGUCUCACAUCCGCAAAAGGAGGAGGUGGAUGAUCAAGAAUUUAGUAUAGAUUUUUGUAAUAUAUACCAGGAUGCACAAGAGCAUGCGCAUCACUAUUACCGUUAUGAACGACCCGAACUGGAACCGCGCGUAUGGGAGGAACCGACCUCGCGCAAUAUGAACAUUAUCCCAUGCCAGCAGUUCGAGCAUAGGGCCGAGUACCAUUCGGUAGUGACCCAAUACGAUUUGGUAUGCUCGCGUGACAUCCUGGUGUCAGUAACACAAUUCUUCCAUUUGUUUGGCGUCCUCACCGGCGGCAUAUUGGCGAAUCAUCUUCUCAAAUACUUCAGUCCACGUAAUGUGAUGCUCUUCGGCAUGAUAACGCAGAUAUUCUGUGGCAAUCUCACAGGACUAGUUGCCUCAUACGAAUUACACGUCUUCUUCCGCUGCUUGUCUGCAGUAUGUUGUGCGCAAAUGUACACGGCUGGCGGUGUUAUAAUGGCCGAUAUAACGGGUGGCGUUUAUAAGACUUGCGUUUCGACACUCUUCGAACAAUUCUGGUCAAUAGGUGUUAUACUACUGCCCGGAGUGGCGAGUUUCUUCUCCAGCUGGUCGCAUCUCUAUAUGGCCAUCUCAUGGCCUACUGUGAUACUCAUAUACUUGUGGCGUUGGAUUCCCGAUUCACCGCGCUGGAUGAUACAGCGUGGUCGUGUAACAGACGCUAAAAAUAUCCUCCUGCAAUGUGUGGAGGUGAACGGUACGCGUUAUGGGCUUCCGCACGAUAUCGAUCAGCAGCUGCAAUUGCAGGCGCAAACCGCUAUGGACGCACCGCCGCCACCGGGCUGGUGGUCAAUAUGGAAGGGUGAAAAUGUCGUACGCAAUUUGAUCUGUGUACACUUGGCGUGGUCCCUUUACAUAGUCGUGUACUACGGCAUGUUGCUGAACAUUCGUUCGUUCAGUCGCGAGCAUCUCGAAGUAAAUACAGCUGUGGCGGGCUUGAGUGAGAUAGUCGGAACUUUCAUUGGGCUCUUCCUGAUAUUGAAGACUACACGCAAAUGGUUGUGGACCGGUCUGUUCAAUGUAGUGGCCGGUCUGAUUGCGUAUCUCGGUUGGCUGGUGCCAACAGACUUACCGUUCGACGCACGUGUUGCGCUGCUCAUGCUCUCGGCUAUGAUCUCGAAAAUGGCCAUCUCCACCACACUCUCCAUACUCACCACCUGCACCGUUGAGUUAGUAAGUGAAGAGAAGCGCAAGAUCACCGCAUUCUCAGCGAUAUGUUGGGCACGUUUCUGGCUACUGGGUGCGCCAUUUAUCGGCGCUACUGUGAUCUUUGGCAUGAUGGUGCCGCAAACAGCAUUCGCGUCACUCGCAAUUGUUGGUGGUGUUUUAACCGCUCUCAUUACAAGUCCGCGUACAAUAAGUAAGGAAGCGCUUGGCGGCAGCAAUCGAGCGACCGCUACACAGAUGGAUGGCAUUGAUAAUAAAGGCUUCACAACGGGACCGACACUCAACAAUCCAAUAUUUACAAAUAUUACGAAACUGGCAGCACCCAACUCUAAUUUACCACCGCCAAUGGUGCCCGGUGUUUGGACGACGAAACAUCAUGAUGACAGUCCACCCGUUUAACACACAAUCUACAAUACGAAUAAAUGGCCAUUUAUCGGCGAUGUAAUUUCGUAAAUUAUGUCGCUUAUGAAAGUUGUUAUGCUGUGUACGGGAUUGUAACGUACAACGCUUCGUCGCAUAAUGUCACAUGGUCGACAGAGGUUCGCUUCACAUACAAUUAGACUAUAUAAGUAGUAAACAAAUUUUAUUUCGAACAAAUUUAUUUUAACCAUUGCAUAAGUAGAGAAUCGAACGCACACGUUUUUAAGACCACGAUUGCGUCGUAUGUUACAAUUCUGUCCACACAUUUUUUCUUUGUUAAAUAGUUUCCUUAAAAAGUCAUAAUUAUUAAACACAGUUGUAGUUCAAGAGGAAUGAGAUAAAGCUAUAAGCAAAACUAUUUAUAUAAUAUAAAAAUAUUAUGUAUAUAAUGUAAGUAGUGAACAGAUAUAUAUAUAAUAUAUAUUAGGGUGGUACUAAAACAGAGAGGGAAAGUUUUUAAAGGUCACAUAGAUACCAUUAUAAUCUAAGUCUUAUAAAUAUUUUUUUGAUUGGAGAUUAUUAGAGUAUGUUACCCGCAGGAUUGCGAAUUUUCUAACUAAAAAUGUACUAAUAACUAGAAUUUCUAUUUUUGAUUCCAAUGUUGAGAUUAAAAAUUUUAACAUCUGAACUAAAAAUAGAGAUACUAUUUUUUAGGGAAAUGCAUUUUUUUAAAUUUUUAAUUCUUGGCUUAAAAAUUGGAAAACUAUUUUUUAAUUUAAAAAUUUGAGUAAUAAAUAUGUUUUUCAUUAAAAGCUAAAUGAAAAAGGAUAAAAGAGCAAAGAUUAACAUAUUCCGAACUAAAACAUUAUAAAAAAAAGCAAUUUAAUAUAUUAUUAGACAAAAUAGCUAAAAUAUGUUGAUAUUUAAAAAAAAAUAAGUUUCCCUUUACAAAAGAUAAUGAAAAUGGUAGAACAGGAAAUACGCCAAUGCGAAAAAUAUGAAGAUUCUAAAAGAAUUUCUAUUUUCAUUUUAAUGUUGGAAUUAAACAAUAUUUUUGAUCCGGUAUUUGAUAAACCUAAAUAUCUUUAAUUAUGUAUUUUUGAUUCUUAAGCCGAUUUUUGGUAUUACCUUUUUUCAAUCCGACAUUUAAGUUUAAAAAUUUAAAAAAUAUUUUUAAUUCAGAUUUUUAGGAUUAAAAAAUAAAAAAUAAUUUUAAUCAAAUACUGUUUCAAUUAUUUUAAUGUAAUCUUUGCAAUCCUAAACACACGGGAGUUAAAGGUAGGAAGACUAAGGACUUUAAAAACUUAUAUUCAACAAUGAUGCUACGAUAGCCAGAUAUAUAUAUGUAUGUGACCGCGCACAUAGAAUCCCGGCAAAUUUGUCAAAAUGUGGAUUAUCGGUUUUCAACGAGAAUGUACGCAGACAGCCAAAACAAUGAGCUUUCAAUUACCAUGACAACACUCAUGUACUGAACACAUAACGACGACCAGACGACAAACGACAAACGAGAGUACGAAAGUGAAACAACGCAUGUACACAAAGCAACGCAGCUGUCCAUUUUGCAUGUACACAAUUUCGUUGUGGCCAUAAUAAUACCUUGCACUUCAAUGAAAUUUUAAUAUUUUGUUCAAAGUUAAAUUUUUUAUGCAAAAAAUAAGUAAAUAGGUAUAUAUAUUUGUUUUAAAUUAUCAAUUGUUAUUACAAAUGAUAAAAUAGAGCUAUUUUAUGCUUUUAUUUGUAAAAUAGCGUCAAGUUUGUAUGGGCUGUGAAUAAUUUUACAUUUUACAUAUUAGUGGCAUCACCACUCUUCCUCAUCUCUCUUCUUCAUUCUACAGUCGUUGGCAAAUAGGAAUUAGGGAGAAUGACAACUAUCGGCCUACAGUCGUGUUUUCGUGUCGUCGUCAAAAUAAGUGUCCAUAAGAACGUGUGUAAUAUUUGACAGAUGUCGUUUGUCGUCUGUCGUCGUUAUGUGUUUAGAGCAUCAGACGGCUAAACUGCUAACAUAGUAAAGAACAAGGAGGAAGAGGGAGAGAGAACACGUGCUUCACAUCAUUCAAAGCCUCUCGUAAAAAAUUCUGUUUUGACACACUAGCUACUAGAUUUCUAUGUGCGGGGUCAUAUAUGUAUGUACGAGUAUAUCACUGUGCUUACCUCAACUAUCUAUCAGCAUGAAAUUUUCAAAUUUUAUGUCAUAACAUUGACUUUUGGAGCAAUUGGUCAUAAUUGUGAAAGAAUAAUUAAUUUGAUAUUUUUAAGAGCCACUCUAAUGUAUUAAUAUUUAGAAAUAUAAAAAAUUAAUUAACUAUCUGUGAAACGAUAUAACGAGAGUAAGAGAUACAAAUUUAUGCUAUAAGUCUAUUGCCUAUAUUAUAAUAAUAUAAUUAUGUAUAUACCAAGUUUAGGGAAUUCAAAUGCAAUUAUUUCCCACAAACCGUGUUUUUGAAUUGUUCACUUUUUCGGAAAGAUUUUUAAAUAUAUAAAUAUUAUAUUUUCAAAAACUAAAUACUGCGCCCAAAUUAGUUCAGUCACCAGAGAAGCUAAAGCUUAACUGAAGACACGCCUUAAAUGCACAAACUCAGCUUGAAUAGCAUGUGAAAUUACAUACUCAUAGAAUAUCUGCUGCCAAAGCGAUGGAUAAGUUGUUCAUGCAGCAGUGCUUUACAAUGCAAAAAAUAUACAAAUUAACUCUCACAUAUACACUAAUCAUUUAUAUAUGCAUAUGUAUAUGUACAUAUGUGUGUGAGUAAAUCUCAAUUAUAAAGUUUUAAUAAAUCUUUAUUCAAGGCCAAACUGCAAUUUGUCGGUUCACAAAUAAAAUAAGAAAAACUUGAUAAUUAUAUUGAAAAUGUUCCUAGAAUGUCGAAAUGUCAGCAUAGAUUUUUAUUAUUUUUAAAUUUUCUCACCACAACCCAACACAAGGAAAAAUGUUCCCGUUUGGUACACAGCCUUUAUUAUUUUCCAAUUCACAUUUAACCAAGAAUGAUCUAAAGAAAGGUAACGACAAUUUCAUACCGCUACUUUUUUUUGAAGUUCCUUUGACAGAAAAAUGACAUGGUAUUUGACAGCUACAUAUAGUCAUAUGUCAAAAGAUGUAUCGCUUUUUAUCUAAUAUUCCCAUCAAUAGUUCGAAAA